AUGCGCGUGAAUGGCUUUCAGGGCGGGCGGUUAGUCAACUCGUUCACCGGGGGCGACGCCGCCGUCGGCACGCUCACCUCCCCGCAGCUGACGAUCACCCACGACUACGUCCACCUGCUCAUUGGCGGCGGCGGGCACGCUGGCCUGACCUGCGUCAACCUGCUGGUGGAUGGCCAACCCGCCCGCACCGCGACCGGUCCUAACUUGGCGCCUGGCGGGAGCGAAGAACUGCAACGGGUCUUCUGGGAUGUAAAGGAGCUGCGAGGCCAGCGGGCCGCUAUCCAGGUUGUCGACCGGCACGCUGGCGGCUGGGGCCACAUCAACGUCGACGACAUCCACUUCAGCGACCAACCGCUGGGCCUGCCCGCCGCGCAGCUCGACCCGACGGCGCGGCUGCGGAGUUUCGCCUCAUACCAGGACGUCGGCUACGACCAGCCACUGCGGCCGCAGUUCCACUUCACCUCGCGCAAGAACUGGCUGAACGACCCCAACGGCAUGGUGUUUCUGGACGGUGAGUACCACCUGUUCUUCCAGCACAACCCGUUGGGCAAUGAGUGGGGAAACAUGACCUGGGGUCACGCCGUGAGCCCCGACAUGCUGCACUGGCGGCAACUGCCGCACGCCCUGCUGCCCUACGGCGGCGGCACAAUCUAUUCCGGCACCGCCGUGAUCGACCGCCGCAACACGCUCGGCGCGCCGCGUGGCGAGGCGGCGACGAUGGUCGCCGCGUUCACCCACGCCCGUCCGCCGUUCACCCAGGCGUUGGCCUACAGCACCGACCGCGGACGCACAUUCCAGCUUGUCGACGACGGGAAGCCGGUGGUCGCCAACCAGGGGUACGACCCGGAAGAACGCGACCCCAAGGUCUUUUACCACGAGGAGUCGGGCCAAUGGGUGAUGGCGUUGUGGGUUCAGCAGGGGACGCCCGGGCGGGUGCUGCUGUUCAACUCGCCGGACUUGAAGAACUGGACCGAGGUCAGCCGCUUCGACCGCGACUGGGUGUUUGAAUGCAUGGACCUGGUGCGUCUGCCCGUCGACGGCGACCCGGACCACCAGAAGUGGCUGAUCUACGACGCCAGCUUUGAGUACGAGAUCGGCGAGUUCGACGGCCAGCAGUUCAGCUCCGACCGGGUCGUGCAGCGGGGCGAUUUCGGUCCCAACUAUUACGCCGGGCAGACGUUCAACGACUCGCCGGAUGGGCGGUCCGUAAUCAUCGGAUGGAUGCGUGGCGUCGACGAGGUUCCCUUCGUCCGCGCCGGCAUGCCCUUCAACAUGCAGAUGAGCUUCCCCGCCACCAUGGAGCUGCGGACCACGCGCUCUGGGCUGCGGUUGUUCCGCUGGCCAAUCGACGAGAUCACCAGCCUGUACGCGGAAUCGAUGAGCGUCGGUGAGACGGCCCUCCAGGCGGCCAACGACAAACUUGCCGACUUCGAGGGCGAGCUGCUCGACUUCCAGAUCAAAUUCGCGGCCGACAAGCAGACACACCUCGUCUUGGUGGUCCGCGGGCAGGAGAUCGAGUACCGCGAUGGCGCGUUCCGGUACGCCGGCGCCAGCCUGCCCGCCCCGCCGGUCGAUGGCGCCGCUUCGCUGCGGGUGCUGGUAGACCGGGCGUCCGUGGAGUUGUUCGCCAACGGCGGCGCCGCGGUUUCAACCCACUACGCCGACCUGAGCAAUAUCCGCAUGGAUGCCUCGAUGGGCGAGCAACCAGCAGGCGCCAACGAGGGCGUGGCGGCGUCCCAAUCCGCGGUCCUCACGACGGCCCCCGAGCAGGUGAUGACCAACCUGCUCAACUUUGUCUCGCGGACCAAGGCCUCCGACCUGCACAUCAAGACGGGCUACGCCCCGACCGUCCGUGUGGGCGGCCACCUGCGGAAGGUGCAGAUGCCGGCGAUUCCGGACUCGGCGUUCGUCAACAGCAUGGUGCUGCCGCUGGCGCCGGAGGGGCGACUCAGCGAGUUCGACAAGAACGGCUCUCUCGACUUCUCCACCCAGAUCGCUGGCGGCGACCGCUUCCGGAUCAACAUCUUCAAGUCCCGCGGCGAGACCCACGUCGCGAUGCGGCGGGUGCAGUCCGAGAUCAGCGACUUCAACGACCUGCACCUGCCGGACGUCUACCGGGACGUCAUCAGCAAAGUGAACGAAGGCCUGGUCCUGGUGUGCGGCGUGACCGGCUCCGGCAAGAGCUCCACCAUGGCGGCCAUGGUGGACUACAUCAACCAUAACCGCGGGCUGCACAUCAUCACUAUCGAGGACCCGAUCGAGUUCCACUUCGAGGGCGACAGGUCGAUCAUCUCGCAGCGCGAGGUCGGCGUGGACGUACGCAACUUCGCCGACGCGUUGCGGGUGGUGGUGCGGCAGGACCCGGACAUGAUCCUCAUUGGCGAGAUGCGCGACCGCGAAACCGUGCUCGCCGCAAUCCAGGCCGCCGAGACCGGCCACCUCGUGCUCGGCUCGCUGCACUGCGCCGACGUGCCGCUCAGCUUCGCCCGGAUCCUGGAAUUCUUCGACCGCUCCGACCACGCGUUCGUGCGGUCGUCGCUCGCCAACAGCCUCCGCGCGAUCAUGUGCCAGCGGCUGCUGCCGGGCAUCACGGAGGGCUCGCGGUACCCGGCCACCGAGGUGAUGCUCAACAACUCGGUCGUGCAGCGGAAGAUCAUGGAAGAGGAGGACGAGGACCUGCACGCGGUGCUGCACGGCUACCGGGACUCGGGCAUGCGAGACUUUGCGUACUCGCUCUUCGAGCUGGUCGAGCAGGACAAGAUCAACCGCCAGGUCGCAAUGGACAACGCCCCCAACCGCGACGCGUUCUCGUCGCUCCUCAAGGGCAUCGACGCGGCCGCCUCGGGGAUCAUCCCGGUCUCGUUCGAGAAGGUUCGGCUUCAAGACGCGUUCUGGCUGCCACGGCUGGAAACCCAACGGCGGGUGCUGACGCCCUACGCGUUCGAGAAAACCGAGGAGGCGUUGAACGACCUCCGCGCCGCGGCUGCGCUGCUGUCCGGCGAGGAGCUGACCAACCCGCCCCCGCCCCACCGGUUCCGCACCAGCGACCUGUUCAAGGUGAUGGAGGGCGCCGCCUACCUGCUGGCGAUUGAGCGUGACGAGCGGCUCGAGGCGCAGAUGGACGCUAUCGCCGACGUCGUCGCCGGGUCGCAGGAACCCGACGGCUACCUCAACGCCACGCGGACGCUCUACCCGCACCUGGCGAUCGACAUGAUGGGCGACGGGCGGUACACGUACGUCGACCACAGCCACGAGCUGUACAUUGUCGGGCACCUGUACGAGGCGGCGGUCGCCUACUACCGGGCCACCGGCAAACGGAAGCUGCUCGACGUUGCGGAGCGGAACGCCCACCACGUCCGCCGCGUGUUCUUCGAGGGCGACCCCAACUACAACGGCGGCGAGCCAAUCAACCAGGCGCCCGGUCACCAGGAGAUCGAGCUGGCGCUGGUCCGCCUGUUCGACGCCACCGGCAACGCGGAGUACCUGGAUACCGCCCGACGGUUCCUCGAUAUCCGCGGCGUCACCUACACGCCGCACGGCCAGGGCGUGCACUCGCCGACCUACGCCCAGCAGCACCGCCCGGUCGCCGAGCAGCAAGAACCGACCGGGCACGCCGUUCGCGCGACAUAUCUAUACUCGGGCAUGGCGGAUGUCGGCGCGAUGCAGGGCGGUGACCGGUACGACGACGCCCUGCGGCAGAUCUGGGCCAGCAUCGUUCACACGCGGAUGCACAUCACCGGCGGGCUGGGCGCGGUGCACGGCAUCGAGGGCUUCGGGCCGGCCUACGAGCUGCCCAACGCGGACGCCUUCAACGAGACCUGCGCCGCCGUGGGCAACGUCUUCUUCAACUGGCGGAUGUUCCUCAAGCAACAGGACGCCAAGUUCCUGGAUGUCGCGGAGCUGGCCCUGUACAACAACGCGCUGGCCGGAAUGAACCUGGGGGGCGACCGCUUCUUCUACGUCAACCCGCUAGCGGCCGAUGGCUGGCGCCCGUUCAACCACGGGCGGCCCGAACGCUCGCCGUGGUUCGGCACCGCCUGCUGCCCCACCAACCUGGCGCGGCUGAUCCCGCAGGUCCCCGGGAUGCUCUUCGCGACCGACCAGCACGGGCUCUCACUCUGCCUGUACGCCGCGUGCAGCACCGAGACUACCCUCGGCGGCGUGUCGACCAGGCUCACCGAGGAAACCGACUACCCUUUCGAGGGGAAGGUCCGCCUCCGGGUCGAGCCCGCGUCGGCCGCCCGGUUUGCCGUGCGGCUCCGCAUCCCCACGUGGACCACGGACCGCCUGGCGCCGGGCGAGCUGUACCACUACGCCGGCGGCGCUCCUGCCAGCAAACCGCGGCUGCUGCUCAACGGACAGCCGAUCCCCUACGAGAUCGAGCGCGGCUUCGCGGUCGUCGAGCGGGAGUGGUCUGGCGCGGAGGAGCUGCUGUUGGAGUUGCCGACGCUGGUGCGGGCGAACGCCUGCCGAAGCGAGGUCGAGGCCAACCGUGGGCGGGUGGCGGUCUCCCGGGGGCCGCUGGUGUACUGUCUGGAGUCGGCUGACAACCCGCUGCACGCGUUUAACUACAUGAGCACCCCCAAGCAGGUCGGCAGCGCCACGACCGCGCCGCUCACCAUCGCGGGGCAGCAGGUCGCGUCGGUCACGCUGCCGGCCGAGGCGUUGGCGGCGGAUGGGGUGGUGAAGCCCACCACGGCGGUCUUGGCGCCGUACUUUGCCUGGAACAACCGCGGCGUGGGCUCGAUGGCGGUCUGGCUGCCCGACAACGUCACGACUCUGCGAGCCGGCGCACUACAGGUCGAUGACAACGCCGACCGCUUCGCGUCCGCCGAAGCAACGCACACCUUCGACCAGGACAGCGUUCUGGCCAUGAUCGACGGGCGGUUGCCCAAGCACUCGUUCGACACCUCGAUCCCCCGCUGGACCAGCUGGCCGCAGCGGGGCGAGCCCCAGACGCUCACCUUCGAGCUCUCCGAGCCGACCAACCUCCGCACGGUCCAGGUCUAUUGGUACGACGACCACGGCGGCGUUCAGACGCCCAUCCGUUGGGAGCUGCAAGUCCCCGGCGACGAUGGCUGGGCGCCCUUCCCGCUGUACAACACUGACCACUACGCCGUCGCGGCGGACCAGUACAACGUGGUCCACCCGGCCGAGCCGCUGACCGUCGAGCGUCUGCGACUGCGGGUCUGGCCGAAACCGGACGCGGCCGUCGGCCUGUUGGAGGUGGUAGUGGAGCCCGAGACAGACUAA